AUCCCUUUCCUCAAAACAUCCGUCAAAUACAUCUAAUAAUCAAACCCCCCAACACACUCACCAUUUUUUUCACGAAAACUUUUUUAGCAUUCUAAUCAAAACCAUGCAAUCUCAAGCUCUUCUUCAAUCAAACCCACUUCGGGUUUCAUCCCCACUUGACCCACUUAAAAAGCCCAUCUUAAAUCUCAAAUCACCAUCACUCACAACCAUCACCACGCGCCGCCGUGCCGUAAUCUCCGCCGCCGUGGCCUCGGCACCCAAGAGGGAAAAAGAUCCAAAGAAACGGGUCGUCAUUACGGGAAUGGGUUUAGUUUCUGUUUUUGGAAACGAUGUCGAUACUUACUAUGAGAAACUGUUGGCCGGUGAAAGUGGAAUCGGGUUGAUUGACCGGUUCGAUGCUUCUAAGUUUCCGACCCGGUUCGGUGGGCAAAUUCGUGGGUUUAAAUCAGAUGGGUAUAUUGAUGGCAAAAAUGAUAGAAGAUUAGAUGAUUGUUUGAGGUAUUGCAUUGUUGCGGGCAAAAAAGCUCUUGAGCAUGCUGAUCUUGGUGGUGAUAAUCGCUCCAAGAUUGAUAAAGAGCGUGCCGGUGUCCUUGUUGGAACAGGAAUGGGAGGUCUUACGGUAUUUUCCGAUGGAGUCCAGAACCUUAUCGAAAAAGGUUACAGAAAGAUUACACCUUUUUUCAUUCCUUAUGCAAUAACAAACAUGGCAUCUGCCUUGCUCGCCAUUGAUUUGGGUUUCAUGGGCCCAAACUAUUCAAUUUCAACUGCUUGUGCUACCUCCAAUUACUGCUUUCAUGCCGCUGCAAAUCAUAUCCGUAGAGGGGAAGCUGAUAUGAUGAUUGCUGGUGGCACUGAAGCUGCCAUCAUUCCCAUUGGAUUGGGAGGUUUUGUUGCAUGUAGAGCAUUGUCUCAGAGAAAUGAUGAUCCUCAAACUGCUUCAAGGCCUUGGGACCAAGAUCGAGAUGGGUUUGUCAUGGGUGAAGGUGCGGGUGUUUUGGUGAUGGAGAGCUUGGAACAUGCAAUGAAAAGAGAUGCACCUAUACUUGCUGAAUACUUGGGAGGUGCAAUAAAUUGUGAUGCUUAUCAUAUGACAGAUCCACGUUCAGAUGGACUCGGUGUUUCUUCAUGUAUUCAGAGCAGUCUUGCUGAUGCUGGUGUGUCGGCAGAGGAGGUUAACUAUAUCAAUGCACACGCCACUUCAACAUUGGUUGGUGAUCUGGCUGAGGUAAAUGCUGUGAAGAAGGUAUUCAAGAAGACCGAAGGAAUCAAAAUGAAUGCAACCAAGUCUAUGAUAGGACACUGCUUAGGUGCUGCCGGUGGUCUAGAAGCCAUUGCUACUGUUAAAGCUAUUCAAACGGGGUGGUUGCAUCCUUCCAUAAAUCAAUUUAACCCAGAACCUGCAGUUGAAUUCGACACCGUUGCAAACCAAAAGCAGCAACAUGAAAUCAACGUUGCGAUUUCAAAUUCGUUUGGAUUUGGUGGACACAACUCUGUUGUAGCAUUCUCUGCGUUCAAGCCUUGAAUUGUAUGUGAUGGGUUUUUGUUUGACGAGGGUUUAUAAAACCUGUUGUUAAAUGUGUUUAUUAGCCCAAUUUUUAGACAUUUUCAGAAGUGAGUUUUGGGUACAUUUUGAGAUUUAGAUGCUAGCCCAUUGUGUUGUAAAACUUAUUUUUCAUCUCUGUUAUUUAUUUGGUAAAUUAAAUCUUUCUUUUC